AUGCCACCUCACUCAAUAACCAAAUUGAUCGCAAGACCGAUCAUCGCCCUCGAGGAACAUUUCCUCUCGCGCGCCGCCCUCGCAUCUCCAAAUGCGCUCAACGAGAGAAUGCGAGCCAUCCCUGGGCUCUUCGACAAUUUCACCGAGCUUGGACCUAGGCGCAUUGCGGACAUGGACCACGGGCAAGUCACCAUGCAAGUAAUAUCCCACGGUCCGGGUGACCUGUCUCCCGCCCAAUGCCGAGAGACCAACAACCAGCUUGCCGAAGCCAUACGUGCUUGUCCAACAAGAUUCGCUGGGUUCGCCGAGCUGCCAAUGCAUGAACCUCAGGAGGCAGCAAUGGAACUCCGUCGUAUGUGCUCAGGAGCGCUUGACGGGAUACGCUUUGUCGGGGCGCUCGUGGACAGUCAUACAGAAGGCGGACUAUACUAUGACGGGCCGGAGUUCGACGUGCUUUGGGAUGAGGCGACGAAGCUGGACGUGCCGAUAUAUAUUCAUCCGACUUGGCCCUCCCAGCAACUUUUCACAGCGUACCGUUCCUCCAACAUUCCCGAGGACGUGAAUACAGCUAUCCUCUCAUUUGGAUUCGGCUGGCACGGCGACGUGGCGAUUCAUAUAUUGCGUCUGUAUGCAGCGGGGGUCUUCGACCGGUUUCCCAAGUUGAAAAUUAUUAUCGGGCAUAUGGGUGAGAUGGUCCCCUACAUGCUUCAGAGGAUAGAGCGGGUGUCAUCGCGGUGGGGAAAGGAGAGAUCGUUCAGGGAAGUCUGGGAUCAGAACCUGUGGUUGACGACGAGUGGCAAUUGGGCGUUGGAUCCGCUGGCUUGUAUAUUGCGUAAUACAAAACAUGAUAGAAUCAUGUAUAGCGUGGACUAUCCAUUUGCAAAGAGUGCCGAUGGGUUGAAGUGGUUGGAAGAGCUGGAGGAGAGCGGGAUGGUGACUGAAGAGGUGUUGGAGGGCAUUCGCUGGAGAAAUGCGGCUCAAUUAUUGAAACUGAAUGCCCUUCCAGUUUCUUAA